GUAUCAGUUUCCCGCCGAACGCCAUCAGCGAACGUUGGAAGGGAAUUAGAAGCACCACGGUGUGCGGCUCUCUACGGCAUGGAGUCUAAGUUUGGUGUGUACAUAAAGUUUAACGGCUGCCUUAUAGUGUUAAUAGUCGGGUUUCAUGUAAUUGUAAACGCACAUCGAUGGAUCGUACAGUUGCAGAACUGGAACGAGUAUCACUUUCUGGAGGGUCUUGAAAUGCGCAAUCAUCCCGCCGUAGAUGGAGUGUUUCAGAUUAUGUGGAUUAUUGCUGUAACGGCGCUCUAUCAGGCGCUCUGGCUGGAAGUGGAACUGUUGCUGUACCCGAUCGGAUUCGUAAUCGGUCUGGAGACACUCAUUAUUGGUGUCGGAGACGUGAUCAAACGAUGGAAUGAUGAUGCUGAGGAUUGCUUCCUGCGCAGAGGUCAAGAUGCACUCUGGUUCUUCGCUGUACUGUUCUACUUUUACUACACGUUAUACAUCCUGAAGAAGCUGUUUCGAUCAGAUGAUCGUAAAUUAACACCAAGAUCAGUGGACAAUCAUCCAGCAUACCCAUUAGUAAGGGUACACUAAGAAGGGGGAAAAAUAUGUAUACUCCCUUUCCUGGACAACUCAAUUGACAGCCUUCUGUCCGUAAUGGCAAGCUCGUGUACCACGCGAGCCAUCUUUAUCGGUAAACUGUUUGUUUACGUUUUAGUAAACGUUAUACCCUAGGCUGCUGCUGCCCCCAACUAUGGACGAGGGCUACAAACGCUAGACUCAGAGGAGUCACGAACGGUGGACGUAGGCCGGGAGAGACAAAAGCUGACUGUUGUUGUUGACCUUGCACGACGUCUCGUUAUCGGAUGAAAGCAUCAAUGUUUACAAGCACCAAAAUUAUCGGCACUGUUCAUUGAUGAGACAUUGACGGUUUUGAAGAAUUGUGUUGUGCUGGUGCUUCUAUGACGAUGACGUGGACGUUACCUUUAUCUUUGCAGUUGACCCUUUUGCAAUGAAGUAGUAAGGUUGUUGGCUGUCAUGUGCAUGAGCUGGUUGUGAUUGACUUGAGUGUGUCAAGGUGUCACAUUGCAACGGCUCCCGGGUGUUAGGUAAAAGUUGUAUUGAUUUAUUGUUUCGGCAAACUGCUUCAGACAACAUAGUUUGAUCCUACUUAAAACGUUUCGGGUGCCUAUAUUGUGAUCGAAGUGAAAGAAUCGAAAAAUUAAAGCUAACCUUUUAUAAUUA